AUGGUCUAUUUAUCCCUUUUCUUGUCCACUCUCUUCAUUAGCCUCACAUUUGGAUGCUUCUGUCCAUCACUAAUCAGCCCGUCUUGUGGUUGUGGUGGAGGUGGAUAUAAUUCCUAUGCUGGUGGUGGAUAUGGAGGAGGAUAUCAGGGAGCAUACAGCGGUGGAGCUAUGCCUGGACAAGCUGUUUUCUACAGAGAUUUGACUCCAUUCAGACAGCCUUACUAUCCACAACAACCAUCUUAUCCACAGCAGUACUACCCUCAAGGCCCAUCUCAACCUCUUCCACCUAUGUACCAACUUCCAAAUCCAAGAUACCUUCAACCACAGGCUCCUCGCCCUCAACCGCAAUACAUUCCAAGACCAGCACCUCAACCAGCUCCAUACCGUUCAGCUAUUGUUCAAGAGAAACAAGUGUAUACCCAACCUGCUGCUCCAGUUGCUCCACUCGCCGAAACUCAUAAAGUGACUCUACAUGAUAACGGAUAUGGCGAGGAAGUGGCAACUACCACUUACACUCCAGCUAUAGUCACUGAGGCUCCUGCAGUGGAUGAGGUUCCGGAUUUCGAUGAGACUCCCGUGAAGAAGGAGAAGGAAGAAUUCUAUUAUGUAUACUAUGAUGACAAGGGAAAAAAGGUUGGAGACUCCAGAUCGGGUACCACUUUUGCCCCAGAAAACGUGAUUGUUGAGGAAGAAACCACCGUAGCUCCAGCACCAGCUCCUGUUCAUGUCGAAGUUACGACCGAACGAGUUGAAGUCAACGAGAAUUACGAUGACAUCGUCGAAGAGACACAAGUUCCAGCCCGAACUUCUUUAGCUCCAAGCUACACUCCAGAAGUUGUCACAAGCACCACUGUUAUCUUCGAGGUACGAAGAGAAGGAGCACCAACUGUAGCACCGGCUUCCAAUGAUAAUGCCGAAGUGAUUUAUGAAGACGAAACUGUUGAAUAUGAAGAUGACGGGCAUCACGAGGCCGCUGCUCCAGGCUCAGCCCCCAAGAAACCACAAUCAGGAGAGUUCAAACGUACAGUUCAAGACAAUCAGAUCCUAGUCGAUGCUGCUGAAACCACUGGAGAAGGUUACCGUAGUCGAAGUGUUGUCAGUGGAGUUCGAAUUGUGAAACGAUUCAGACACGAUGAACGAAAGAUCCAUUCCAACUAA